AUGAGGGGGAAGUUGGUUCCAGGAAAGAUUAUUUUGAUGCUAUGCAUGGCCAGUUUUCUGGUGGGAACACUUUUCACCAGACAUACAUGGCCUUACCCACCUAUAAAUAAUGAUCUUCGUUUCAAGAAUCAUCAACACAAGAUUAGCUUAACGAUACCUCGAGACUGUGAUCACAAGCGUAAAUUGGUCGAACAGAGUUCAGGGGACAUCAUGGGAGAAGUAGAGAAGACUCAUCAAGCCAUCCGGUCAUUAGACAAAACAAUAUCGACAUUGGAGAUGGAACUAGAAGCGGCUCGUACAAGUCUAACCAGGGCCAAAUUUCCGUCAUCUAAUAAGACAUCAUCACUACAGAAAGCAUUUGUUGUCAUUGGUAUUAAUACAGCUUUUAGCAGCAAGAAACGUAGAGACUCUGUUCGUGAAACAUGGAUGCCCACUGGAGCAAAACUCAAUAAAUUGGCAAAGGAAAAGGGCAUCAUAGUAAGGUUUGUGAUAGGACAUAGUGCAACACCAGGAGGAGUUCUUGAUCGAGCCAUUGAUGCUGAAGAGGAAAAGUAUCAGGACUUCCUUCGGUUAAAUCACGUAGAGGGCUACCACGAGCUUUCCACCAAGACAAGGGUGUAUUUCUCGACAGCAGUCUCCAUUUGGGAUGCAGAGUUCUAUGUCAAGGUGGACGAUGAUGUUCAUGUCAACUUGGGCAUGCUCGUGACGGCACUUGCACGCUACAGAUCUAAACCAAGAACCUAUAUAGGAUGCAUGAAGUCUGGCCCCGUGCUCUUUCAAAAAGGGGUAAGAUAUCAUGAGCCGGAGUAUUGGAAAUUUGGGGAAGAAGGGAACAAGUACUUCAGGCAUGCAACUGGACAAAUAUAUGCCAUAUCCAAGGAUUUAGCAGCAUAUAUUUCAAGCAACUCUGGGAUAUUGCAUAGGUACGCCAACGAGGACGUCUCUUUAGGCUCAUGGUUGAUUGGCUUGGAUGUUCAACACAUAGAUGAUCGUUCCAUGUGUUGUGGAACUCCUCCAGAUUGCGAGUGGAAGACACACGGAGGAAAUGUUUGUGUGGCUGCAUUCGAUUGGUCGUGCAGUGGAAUAUGCAAGUCGGUGGAAAGAAUGAAAUUUGUUCACGACUCCUGCGGAGAAGGAGAUGUAGUUGUUUGGAAUGUAGAUCUUUAA